AUGAAUAAGGCCAGCGUCCUCAUUACCAAUACCAUCGCCAGCAUUGACGCUGAACUACGCGAUAUCAAUCUCAAAAUUCACGACGACCCUGAAAUAGGACGGCACGAGUUCCAUGCUUCCAAACUAUUGGCUGAUUAUAUGGAGAGCAAGGGAUUCAAGGUGAAGCUUGGGUUGCCUGGGAUACCAACAGCUUUUAUUGCCGAGUAUACACGUGGAUCAUCAGGUCGUCGCAUUGGCUUUUGCAGUGAAUACGAUGCUCUACCAGGGAUCGGUCAUGGAUGUGGGCAUCCAUUAAUUGCUAUCAGUGGAGUUGCAUGUGCGAUUGCUAUCAAGUCCGUAUUGGAAGAAGGCAUCCUCCAAGAAGGAAGCGUUGUGCUGUUUGGUACUCCAGCAGAGGAAACCACGCAUGGUGGCAAGAUUUCCAUGAUAGAUCAGGAUGUUUUUCAAUCCCGGGUGGAUUUCUGCAUGAUGUUACAUCCAUACCCAUACGAUAUCAACUACUGUGUCAUGCUUGCACGUGAUGAAAUGAAGGUUGAGUUCUUUGGCAAGGCCUCUCAUGCAGGCGGCGCACCUUGGGAAGGAAUCAAUGCUGUGGAUGCCAUUAUGCAAGGUUGGGAUAACAUGUCAAUGUUGCGGCAGCAAACUCUACCUACCAAUCGAAUCCAUGGCAGGCUGGUGGAAGCAGGAAAAUCGCCAAACGUGAUUCCGGAUUAUGCGUCAGCAGAAGUUGUUGUUAGAUCCGUCACUCAUGAAGAAUUGGCCGAGCUGAAGGGAAAAGUGGCGCUUUGUUUCGAGGCUGCAGCUGUUGCAACAGGAUGUAAAAUCAAGCUUACUUGGAAUGAGUCAGGGAUAUGCAAAGAUGUCUUCAUGAACGAUACAUUGACGAAUACAUAUCGACAUUAUAUGGAGCAAGAAGGUGUCCCCUUUAUGUCACGUGUGGACGAAGAAAAAGUGAUAUCUGGAAGUACCGACUUUGGCAACGUAUCGUAUGUCGUACCUGGCACACAUCCACACUUUGGAAUUGGUAUCAAUGCCCCUAUUCACAGCGUGAAAUUUGAGAAGGCUGCUCGCACAAAAACGGCUCAUCAACACACCUUGCGCGCUGCUGGAGCACUUGCAAAAGCGGGUGCUAAUGUGCUUUUGGAUGAUUCACUUUAUUGUCAAAUGCAGGCUGAUUUUAGACAAGGGAAGCAAUAG